GUUGCGAAAAAAGGGAAAAUAAUGAUGAUAUGAUGAUAGUGAGCACCAUGACGAAGCCAAUUGCUCCUCUUCUAAGAAACAAAGGUCACCAUGAGCUGCAAAUGCAAACUGAGAAGCGAAGAUGGUAUGUUGCAUCAAAAAGCAACCGGAGCAAAGGAGAAGCAUUUCCAGUAAUCAGACGUACCUCCACUGAUAGAGCAACUAUUCUUCCAUCAGGAUGUAGAGCUCAAAUACUUUCUCCGCCACCACCAAGUUCUACCGAAGUAGCAUACUUCUUUAUUGCGUCUGAUCCACUGUCAAAUCUGCGUGUAGUAGCAAUACAAAGUACAGUUUUGUUAUCUCAGAAUAAGAGUUGUGUGACAUAGCAUUGAAUUAGAAUCAAACAAGAUGAACAUGUACAUAGCUAUAGAAACACUAAUGCUGGAAAUAACUGAGUCAAAUUACUAUUGGAUUUUCUUUUGGAGGGAUGAGCAUUAUUGGUUUUUGGA